AUGUGCAAAUCGAUUCUCGACCCAGAUUUCAGGCUUUUAAUUGAUACAAAAAAUAAAAAUGAAACAGACGUAUGCGAAUGUGAAUUGAAGUGUUUCAGAGACGAUACCAUUUAUGGAUCAAUGACACUCAAAAAUCAGCAAAUAACAGUUCUAAGUGAACUCAUUGGACUUCUUGCAUUUAAGUUUAUGUUGAAAAUCGCGUGA